ACUAUUUGUUCUCAAACCGCUUCUUCACUCAAAUUACCGUGUAUACCAGAAACCCCGGAAUAUCUGUUGAAUUCAGUCACUCUCUCCCGCACUCGCAGCGCUCAUGAGUUAGCCACAGUUCCUCUCAAAAUAAGAUUUGCGAAGAAUUCAUCUCUUGCUCAUUCCGCGAAUACUUCUUUCUUGUCACGUAAUCCUGUCCCAAUGAUUGACAAGAGGACUGACCACAAACAUAAAACCUCCGCGGCUAAACGAUUACAUAUGCGUUUGAAACAUGCUGUUUCUUAUGAUUUAGAAAUGAAGGUUGCUCGCUUUGCAGAAGCCUAUCCAGCAGUGAAGGAUACUUCAAGAGACUCAGUUUUGAGCGAUGAGAAAUCUGAGAAGUCUGUAUGGCACAAAGAUGGACAAUAA